AUGGGGCUGCGUAUGACUACUUGGAACGUGAACGGCAUCAGAAACCCGUUCGGGUAUGCGCCAUGGAACCAGAAGCGAUCUUUCCAGGCAAGCUCUCCGUGCUCGGUCACUCUCGACGUGCUCAAGACUGACAUUCCACAGGCAAUGUUCGACAUUCUGGAGGCGGACAUUGUCAUCAUGCAGGAGGCCAAGAUCCAACGGAAAGAUCUGACGGAUGACAUGGUGCUGGUGUCCGGCUGGGACGUCUUCUUCAGCUUGCCCAAAGAUAAGAAAGGCAAAAACUCCAAGUGUUGUCCCAUCCGAGCCGAGGAGGGCCUUAUAGGAGUGCUCUGCCCACCCAAGUCGACAACCAAGUUCCGAGACCUUCCGGCAGAUCAACGAAUCGGCGGCUACCCACGUGAGGAUCAACUCAUUGGACCUAUCGACGAGGUUAUGCUCGACUCCGAGGGCCGCUGUGUUAUUCUUGAAUUCCCUGCCUUUGUCCUCAUCGGCGUCUACGUGCCUGCCACUCGAGACGACACCAGGACCGAUUUCCGAAUGGGCUUCAUGAGUGCUCUUGAUGCAAGAAUACGGAACCUUGUUGCGAUGGGCAAGCAAGUGGUCCUCGCAGGGGAUCUCAAUAUCAUACGUACUGACAUUGACACCGCUGGCUGCGCAGAGCAUCUACGUAAGGAAGGCAUGACAUUGGAGGAUUUCCUUUCCAUGCCGUCACGACGCUUCUUCAACCAGCUCAUCUUCGAUGGUCAAGUCAUCGGAGAGAGGGAUGAGGGACGAGAGGAGCCAGUGAUGUGGGAUAUCACCCGAGGCUUCCACCCUGACCGACAAGGUAUGUUCACCUGCUGGGAGACCAAGAAGAAUGCCCGACCUGGCAACUUUGGGAGCCGAAUCGAUUACAUUCUUUGUACUGCCGGCAUGAAAGAUUGGUUUGAAGAAGCCAACAUUCAGGAGGGUUUGAUGGGAUCCGACCACUGUCCUGUCUACGCGACCAUGGCGGACUGCGUCAGGCACGAAGGUCAGGAUGUCCACCUCGCGGACAUCAUGAAUCCCGAAGGCAUGUACAAGGAGGGCAAGCGGCUCAGGGACUGGGACACAAAGGACCUGCUACCGCAGUCUGCGAAGCUGAUGAACGAGUUCGACCGCCGCCGCAGUAUCAAGGAUAUGUUCACCAAGAAGCCGGCGCCACCGAUAGUGAAGCAAGUUUCGACCGUUGCUACCAGUGACGAAUCCAUCGUCGAAGCUGAGGAGCUCCCUAGCACACAGACAUCCAACGUACCACCAUCGCCUUCCCCUGUUACAACACCCUUGAAGCGCGCAGCCUCUUCAACAGCAAGCCUCAAUUCCCCGAUCAAGACCACGUCCCCGGCUGCUCUUCCCAAGCGCAGCGCACAGAGCACCUCAAGCCGGCCUCAGAAGAAGGCAAAGACAGGAGCGGCCAAAGAUACCGGCAAAGCUGGUCCCGCACAGAGUAGCUUGAUGGGCUUCUUCAAACCCAAGACGCCGGCGCCAAAGGCUCUCGCGGAGGAGCAAGAUGAGCACGAAGAGGAGAAUGGGGAGAUGGCUCCAAGUGCCAUACCACAGACUGACGGUACGGUCGACCUUGACGAGGAGACAGGCAGAUUCGCGAAUGGUGGCGUGGAAGAUAGCGGCAGGGUAUUUGACCCUGUCGAGUCCAAAGAAUCGUGGUCGAAGCUGCUCGGUAAGAAGAAGGUCGCUCCGAAGUGCGAGCACGGCGAGCCCUGCAUCAGCUACGUGGUGAAGAAGGCCGGGAUCAACUGCGGCCGCACGUUCUACAUGUGCUCGCGGCCGCUGGGGCCGUCCGGGCAGAAGGAGAAGAAUACCCAGUGGCGUUGUGCCACCUUCAUCUGGGCACGCAGCGCGGACUCGAAGGAGGGGAGCGCAUCAUCGCAGCAGUCUCAUGUAGCUUAG